CGUAGGAGUCAGCUAACCUCAUACGUCCGAAAUUCACAUCAAUCGGUUUCGCAGAUCAACAAAAUCAACAAGAUUCUGAUAGCAAACCGCGGAGAGAUAGCAUGUCGUAUAACAAAAACUGCCAAGAAACUUGGUAUAAGGACCGUGGCUGUCUACAGCGAAGCAGACAGGAAUUCUAUGCAUGUGGAACAAGCUGAUGAAGCUUAUUGUAUCGGUCCAGCUCAAUCUAGCCAGAGUUACUUGCGAAAAGACAAGAUUAUAUCAGUGGCCAAGCAGGCAAAAUGUCAAGCUGUGCAUCCUGGAUACGGAUUCCUUUCGGAGAAUACAGAAUUUGCACAGUUAUGUCAGAAGGAGAAUAUUAUAUUUAUUGGUCCUCCAGCCAGUGCCAUACGAGAUAUGGGUAUAAAGAAUACCUCGAAGGCUAUCAUGACUAAAGCUGGAGUUCCUAUCAUAGAAGGAUAUCACGGUGAUGAUCAGACGAAUGAAACUUUAUUGGCAGAAGCUAGGAAGAUUGGCUUUCCGUUGAUGAUCAAGGCCGUGCGUGGUGGUGGCGGAAAAGGUAUGAGAAUCGCUCAUAAAGAAUCUGAUUUCAUUGAGGCAUUGGAAUCGGCAAGAACUGAAUCCGAGAAAGCGUUCGGUGAUUCGGCAGUGCUUCUGGAAAAAUAUGUCGCCGAACCUAGGCAUGUAGAAGUACAGAUUUUCGCUGACAAACAUGGGAACGCCGUUUUUCUGUUUGAAAGAGAUUGUUCUGUGCAAAGGAGACAUCAGAAAGUGAUUGAAGAAGCACCUGCUCCUGGCAUUUCCCAGCAGCUCAGGAAAGAACUGGGCGAAGCGGCUGUUCGUGCAGCUAAAGCUGUAGGAUAUGUAGGUGCUGGAACGGUAGAAUUCAUAAUGGAUCGGAACAAUCACAGUUUCCACUUUAUGGAAAUGAAUACACGUCUCCAGGUAGAACAUCCCGUUACCGAGGCAAUUACCGGUUUGGAUCUGGUUGAAUGGCAAUUGAGAGUUGCUAAUGGUGAAGUACUCCCACUCAAACAAGAGCAGAUUACACUUAACGGUCAUGCAUUCGAAGCAAGAAUUUAUGCUGAGAAUCCAAGGAAUGGUUUCUUACCAGGAGCAGGUAAGCUUUUGUACUUAAAGCCUCCUGAAGCAACGGAUAAUGUCAGAAUCGAAACUGGAGUACGACAGAACGACGAGGUAUCUGUACAUUACGACCCGAUGAUAGCGAAAUUAGUGAUUUGGGGAAAAGACAGAAGCGAAGCUCUCAAUAUACUUACAUCAAAGCUCAGUGAGUACAACAUCGCUGGCUUGGACACCAACAUACAAUUUAUUAAAGAUCUAUGUGAACAUCCGAAAUUUCAAAGUGGCGAAGUGCACACGGGAUUUAUUGAGGAGAACUUUGAACAACUAUUCCCUAAGUUACAUACCUCUAACAAAAUAUUGAUACAAGGAACUCUCGCUUCAAUUCUAUAUGAGGAUAUAGAGUCAUUAAGCACAUCCUUAGAAACAAAGGAUCCUUUUACUCCGUUUGCUGUGGAAACUGGACUGAGAUUAAAUCAUGUGUUGAACCGUACGUUUCUUUUCGAUGUUGAAAAAGAAAAUAAUAUAGUGGAGGUAAAAUAUGUUGAACCGGAUGUAUAUCUAAUGAGAGUCAACAGAUUAGGACCCUGGAGGAAAGUAACUGGUACUUUAAAGAAGACUGAAGGUGCUUUAGAAUUGUUUGCGGAAAUUGACGGGAUUAUUAUUAAAGCACGAACGGUGAAACUUAAUAAUAAAUUAUAUAUAUUCACCAAGGAUCGUGAAUGGCAACUGAUUAGUCCCACUCCCAAAUUCGUGACUGCGAUUACGAGCCAGGUGGAGCAAAAUCCAUACACGGCUCUAAGCCCAAUGCCUGGAUCAGUUGACAAGAUCUUCAUUAAUAAGGGAGAUGUAGUAAAGAAGGGCGAUUCAUUGCUUGUUAUCGUUGCUAUGAAAAUGGAGCAUAUUAUCAAAGCAUCCAUCGAUGGAAUGAUCGAGGAUGUGCUGUGUUCUAUAGGUGAUAACGUUACUAAAAAUAAGCUUCUUGUAAAAUUGGCCAAGUGCUAA